CUCAGCGCCCCGAGCCCUUAAAGGCGCGGCGGCCGCGCCCGUGCCCGUCCAGGGCUCGGUGUCGGUGUCGGUGUCGGUGUCGGUGUCGGUGUCGGUGUCGGUGUCGGUGUCGGUGUCGGUGUCGCCGUUCCCCGUGUGCCAUGGAGCUGCCGUGGCUGGGCGAGCACUGCUCCGAGCGCACCUGCAAACAGCUGGAUUUCCUUCCUCUGAAAUGUGACGCGUGUGGGGAAGUCUUCUGUAAAGAUCACAUCCGUUACGAUGACCACAAGUGCAGCUGUGCCUACAAGAAAAAUGUGCAGGUGCCAGUGUGUCCCCUCUGUAACACACCUAUCCCAGUGCAGAAGGGAGAAAUCCCAGAUAUUGUGGUUGGAGCCCACAUAGAUAAGGACUGCAAAUACAACCCAGCACAGCAGAAGCAGAAGAUCUUCACAAACAAAUGCACAAAGCCAGGCUGCAAAAGGAAAGAGAUGAUGAAGGUGGUUUGUGAACAGUGUGGUGGCAGCUUCUGCAUAAAACAUCGGCAUCCUCUGGAUCAUGACUGCAGAGGGAGCAGCCAGCCCAUCUCCAAGGCAGGAUAUGCAGCUCUGAUGAGAGCAUCUCACUCCACCUUCAACUCCCCGGGAGCAAUUGGAGUGCCAUCUAAUGGGAAUCGUCAGCACAACAGGUAUCAGGAGAAAAGACAAACUAAAACCAGGCUGGUGUCCACACGGUGUGGCAGUGCCACUGUCACACCUCUGACUGCUCUAGAGCUGGUGGCUGAUCUGUAAAUGGUGUUGGGAGUGCAGCAGAGGGGCUCUGACAGCACGGGUGAAUCCCCGCUUCUCUAUAGCGGAGUAAUUAACGUGGCCUCAUAGACACGAGAAUUAAGACAUGAAAUUGUAUCUGCAGGCUGGUCUCAGCAGAAAAAGUGGGAGGUUUGGCCAAGUUCUGGGAAAACGGUGUGUCAUCAGAGUGAGGAAAGCACAGCAAGCACCUGAAUUAAAAUAAAUGGGCCAAGCCCUUCCCUGGCGUGCUGUAGCUCAUGUGACUGAAAGUUCCAGUUGUGCAACCCUUACAGUGCAUUCUUAUGUCUUACAGGUGCAGAUAGUAGAGGCUCUUCACAUCUGGAUCAAACCUUUAAAAUGAAGUUAAUAUUUUUUUCUCUCUUAAAUUUCUAUGCAAUUAACUUAUUUUUGUGUCAUAAUUUUGUAUGCAUUUAAUAAACCGUUACCCUUUCCAA